AUGCGGUGUGUGUGCUGGCCAUUGACGAGGUGCAUGACCGCCACGUGCACGAAGGAUGUGCGAGCGGACAUACAGCGAAGCCUGGGUCUUCAAAACUGUCUCCACAUCCUCGGGCCCAUGAACCGGCCGAACUUGAAAUACGUCGUGCGGCCUCGUACGACCUUCGAGGACGACUUGACUGGAGUGUUUGGCCUGCCUUCUCUGCCGGAGAGGGUGGUGGACAACACGGCCAUCACGCCCACGUCCUCCUCCAUCGUGUACGUGCCCACCAAGGCGCGUAGUGAUGAGUUGGCUGCAUGGUUGCAGAAAGCCGGAGUGGCUGCGGCAUCCUAUCACGCCGGUCUUCCCAUUCAGGACCGUCAUGACAUCCACCGUGCCUUCUUGAUGGACGAGCUCCAGGUGGUGGUCGCCACCAUCGCCUUCGGAAUGGGCAUCGACAAGUCCUCGGUACGCCGGGUGGUUCACUACGGCGGAGCGCGCUCGCUCGAGAAUUACGUGCAGCAGUGCGGCCGGGCGGGGCGUGAUGGAGAAGAUGCAGAGUGCAUCACCUUCUUCAGGCCGGGGGAUCUCCAGGAAGCCAGGACACUCAUUCUUCAGGACUGUGGCCGCGCCAGCGAAGAGCGGGGAAGGCACAUGUUGCAAUUGCACGCCAAGUUUGCGGCUUUUCUGUCAGACUCCAGCCAGUGCCGUCGUGCCCGACUGCUGCAGCACUUUGACGAAGAGCCGCAGCAGCUGAGCCACGAACCAGUAGAGCAACGGAAAGGGGAAUGCAUUCAGGUGGGAAGCCUGCCGGCGCGAUGCUCCUGGUGUGACGUGUGUCUAGCAGCGCCCAGCCAGGCUUCGGCGGCUCCGGCACAGGGCUGCGAUUUCACCCAGGAGUGCCGCGUUCUUCUGCAGUGCGUCUCGGCAUGCGGCGGCAUGACCGGGUCUGCCCUGCCUUGCGCGCUUGCAGCCGGGCAAGCCACUGACAAGCUGAGAGCCAGGAACCUCCACCUCCACCGAGCAUUCGGCAGUGGACGUCACAAGGCCCACUCCUGGUGGAAGGCAUUUUUGCCACAUCUGCUCCAAGCAGGGCUGUUGCAGGAGAAGCCUGCCAGGCUCGCCAAUGGCUUUAGCUACGCGGCGCUGUCUGUGACGGAGCAAGGCUUGCGAAUGCAAUCCGCGCACCCUGCGCAACCUUUCUGCCUCUCUCCAGUGCCUUCGGAUUUGGCGCCGCCUGCCCCUAAGCCGACUCCGAAGACGCUUCGCUCCCCGGCAAUGCUACCAGGCACCGAGACACCGAGCGGCGAAAGUGCCUCACAGACUUUUCUGGACAGUAAGAAGCAGGAGCUGUAUAGGCGACUGUCCCACAUCCGACAGCAGUGGAUGCGGCGGCUAAACAUUAUGGGGGAGUCCCUCGUGUCGAACCCCGUGCUUCGGAUGCUGGCUGAGAUCCGGCCCUCGUCUGUACAAGCCGCCCAGCAGACAGUUCCUGGGCUGCCCCUGCUUCUCACGGAGCAGCUGGCAAGCCUGCUGGAGGCACUCGUCUCGGAGGUGAACAAGCUGCCAGCCUGCGAUUGCAGACUUGUGGUUCGCUUUCGGCCCUUUUUGUUCCAACCCGCGCCAAACUAA